CCCUUUAGAAUACGUUCUCACGGAUGCCCCGCGAUGACCAUAAGCUGAUUGAUCAUGGUCACUGUAGAAAACAUGCUUCUUCGAUCCCUUCUACGACAUAAGUGACACAAAUCGAAAAUCGUGAAACUAUACCGAAUAUUAAACCGAUGAGACUAACGAUUCAAGACCUAACAAAAAGUCGACAUAAGUACCACUACUGACACAUAAUUUAGCUGAUACAGUCGGCCGAUCGGAUACAAAGAGUAUCACAUAUACGUGGAUGGGAAUGAAAAUGAUGAUAUAUAUUUGCCGACCAAACCCUCUGUAUCCUCGAACCCCUUCUUUUAAUGUUUUAGGUUUGUCGUUUGAGAACAGCGAUGGGUGGACAAAAUGGUGACCUGCCACUUCCUCUUUUGGAUGAUUGAGAAGCCAUAAUCAAACAGAAGAACAUCUCAUAAGAGUGUGCUCUGUUUCUGCUAUAAAAAUAACAGAGACGAUGAUCACCUCUGGUUCUGGAGGAGUAGUAGUAGUAUUUAAGUUAAGUAGUUCCCUUCCUUCAUGAUUUUGAUCUAAUUGCUUUACUAAAUCUGAUCUUCUGUUAUAAGGCAACCCAAUUUAUCAGAGGUUUGCAUGGUGUUAAUAGUUUGUUGUUAUAAGCUAGCUCUAGCUCCCCCUUCAAUUGCUAGCUAAGCUAAAUUAGUCUUUUAAGGAUUUGUAUGAAUAUUAAUUUGAUAUUGAAAAGGUUGUAACAACUUCUAUGAUCAGUUGUGUUUUGAUGAUUAGUUUGGUCACACAAAUUGUCUCUUAUGAAGUUAUGAGUGUCAAUCACAUAAAUGAUCCCUGGACUUUGUGGUAACUGAACGAUCAUCCCUGAGUUUUUGAACUUCAGCACAUUUUUACAAAACUUUAGAAUGAAUAGCAAAAUAACCUCUGCGUACAUUGACUUGUUAACUUCAAAUUUAAUCAUAAAAAAAUUUAAAAUCCUUUAAAAACUAUAAUAUCGAUACCCGUUUUAUCCAAAAUUUUAUCUGGGUCAAGCCAAGUACUUGACCCAAUCCGAUCCAGAUUACUCAACAUCACACCAAUUCCCUUCCUUCUCCUACUUUAUCCCAAAUUAAAAUUACAGAUAUAGUACGAACUUUUUUUCCAUUAUCAAUUGAUUUAGUGAACACAUCCAUUAAAAAUAGAUGUUGAAGGCAUUAUAAAAUAAAAAAAAGAUGUUGAAGGACCAAUUUGACAGUAUCUCAAAAGUGUAGUGGUCAUUGAAGUAAUUGUUUUCUGUGUAAUGUACAUUCCCAGGUUUCGGAACACAUGAGGAAUCGAGGAUUGCUUCUUAAAGGCUCAAAGACAAAGACGUCAUCUUUAAGGCGAGGAAACAAGUUGGCUCCUUUAUGAGUAGUGGAUUGAUGGGGUUUUGAUCUUUUCGAGAGUUCUUUCCUUUCCCCGCCUUUUGUUUAAACUUUAAUGCAAUUCUCUGCAAAGAACAGUUUUUUUAUAUAGCAUCCCAGUGUUGAGUGGACAUUCAGUUUUCUCCUCAACCGAAGGGAAACGCUUUCAUUUCCAGAAAACAUGGCCAAAAUUAGCUGGGCAAUUGGCUGGCUCAAAAUCUACUUCAUUGCAGUUUGCCUUUAUGGUUCUGCUGCUGCAAAAUUGAGAGACUCAGCAGCUGCCCAGCAGCAGCUGGACAAGGUUUUGGAGCUACCAGGUCAGAACUUCGAAGUUAGCUUCGCCCAAUAUUCUGGGUAUUUGACAGUGAAUGAGAAGGCUGGGAGGGCUUUGUUCUACUGGUUCUUUGAAGCUGUUGAGGAUCCUGGGUCCAAGCCUCUGAUACUUUGGCUCAAUGGAGGACCUGGGUGUUCCUCCAUUGCUUAUGGUUUGGCUGAAGAGAUUGGCCCAUUUCAUGUGAAGCCAGAUGGUGCCUCCCUUUAUCUAAACCCAUUCUCCUGGAAUCAAGUUGCCAACAUUCUGUUCGUUGAUUCUCCAGCCGGAGUGGGUUUUUCAUAUUCGAACACAUCCUCAGAUAUGGUGACAAGUGGAGAUAAAAGGACUGCUGAGGACUCUCUAGAAUUUCUGAUCAACUGGUUUGAGCGCUUCCCACAGUAUAAAGGAAGGGACUUUUACAUUACUGGAGAGAGCUAUGCAGGGCAUUAUGUUCCUCAGCUAAGCCAAGCUGUUGUGUUGCAUAACAAAGCAACUAACUCCCAGACACUUAACCUUAAAGGCUUUAUGGUGGGAAAUGCUUUGACAGAUGAUUACCACGACCAUUUGGGGGUCUUCCAGUUCUUGUGGUCAGCUGGAAUGAUCUCUGAUCAGACCUACAAGCAACUCAAUGAUGCUUGUGAUUCUGUUUCCUUCAUCCACCCGUCAAAGGCUUGCAUUCGGUAUCUUGAGAUCGCAGAUCAAGAAGUCGGACGCAUUGAUCCUUACAGUGCGUUCACCCCUCCCUGCACUCCCAAUAUCAGCCAGUCCACCCAGCUGCUGAAGAGAAGGCGUGUAAUCGGCACUGUUAGAGAGAAAUAUGAUCCUUGCACAGAGAAGCACUCUACAGCUUAUUUCAACCGGCCAGCGGUUCAGGAGGCUCUCCAUGUUCCAGCUGAACUUGCACCAUCAAAAUGGACGACUUGCAAUGACGUGAUAAAUGAGCAUUGGAACGAUUCUCCCAGCUCAGUGCUUGAUGUUUAUAAGGAACUCAUUGGUGCAGGGCUUCGCAUAUGGGUUUAUAGUGGGGACACUGAUACAGUCAUCCCAGUCACAUCCACUCGGUUGGAGGAUGGACUCAAGAAUAUGAUGGACUUACCUUCGUUGCUGUUCGUGGAGCUGGCCAUGAAGUCCCCCUGCACAAACCGAAACUAGCCCUCACAUUGGCCAAGUCUUUCUUAGCUGGAUCGUCGAUGCCUGCUGCUGCGCUCGAACUGGUCAGUGAUUCUUGAAGUCUCAGAAAUGAUUCAUAGGG